AUGGUUGGAAUGAAGAUCUCCAGAAACAUUCAUUUUUGGGAAAAUUCAAUGUUUGCGUCGACUCAAAGAUAUGUGCGGUCGACUCAUCUUUCUCAACCAAGCUCAGAAUGUGUCGCGUCGACCCUUCCGGUCGACUCAACCUGGGAAUUAAAAUAUUCAACUAUUUGCGUUGACGCAAGCCCUGUAGUGGUCGACGCAUUAUACUUCAAAAUGGUUUUCCUCCACCUGCAGGAUGUGUCACAUCGACCCUUCCGGUCGACUCAAUCUGUGAAUCAAAAUAUUCAAAUAUUGCGUCGACGCAAGCUCUGUAGCGGUCGACGCACUACACUUCAAAAUGGCUUUCCUCCACUUGUGGGUUGUGUCGCGCCGACCCCCCUUACUGCUUGA